AGAAGACGAGAAAGUAAUUAGUUCGAUGCAGUAGAAAUGGGAACUCCAGUAGAUGUCGUGGUAGGUUCCCAGGUUUGGGUCGAGGAUCCGCAGUUUUCUUACAUCGAUGGAAGAGUAUCAAGUAUUGAUGGACAGGAUGUUGAGAUCCAAACGUCCGAUGGACGGAAGGUUGUAUCAAAUCUAUCAAAGGUUUAUCUCAAAGAUGAUGAUACUCCUGAAACUGGUUUCGAUGACAUGACCAAGCUCUCGUAUUUUCAUGAACCCGAGAUUUUGCAUAACUUGUCAAGAAGAUAUCACCUAAAAAGUUUUUAUACCUAUACUGGAAGUAUACUAAUUGCAAUCAAUCCAUUCCAAAAACUGCCUGAUCUGUAUGAUGUCAGUACAAUGGAACAAUACAAAGGAGCAUCUCGCGGGGAACUCAGCCCUCAUGUCUUUGCAAUUGCUGACAUUGCUUACAGGGCAAUGAUCAAUGAAGGCAAAAGUAACUCUAUCUUAGUAAGCGGUGAAAGUGGUGCGGGUAAAACCGAAACUACCAAAAUGCUCAUGCAAUACCUUGCGUAUCUUGGAGGCCGAAAAGGCACUGAAGGGAGAAAUGUAGAACAACAAGUUUUGGAGUCAAAUCCAGUUCUUGAAGCAUUUGGCAAUGCGAAAACUGUUAGAAAUAAUAAUUCCAGCCGCUUUGGGAAAUUUAUUGAGCUUCAAUUUGACAACUAUGGGAGAAUAUCUGGAGCAGCCAUUAGAACUUAUCUCCUAGAGAGAUCUCGUGUUUGCCAAGUAUCAGAUCCUGAGCGAAAUUAUCAUUGUUUUUAUCUUCUUUGUGAAGCACCAGAAGAGGAUAUCAAAAGAUACAAGUUAGGGAGUCCGAAAUCAUUUCGUUACCUGAAUCAAUCAAAUUGCUAUGAACUAGUUGGUGUUAGUGAUGUUCAUGAUUAUCUUGCAACAAGAAGAGCAAUGGAUAUUGUUGGUAUUAGUGCAAAAGAACAAGAAGCAAUAUUUAGAGUUGUGGCAGCGAUUCUGCAUCUUGGAAACAUUGAAUUUACCAGCAAUAGUGAAAGUGACUCAUCAGUUAUUAAGGAUGAGAAAUCAAAGUUCCAUCUUCAAACAACAUCAGAGCUACUUAUGUGUGACAUUAAUGUACUUGAAGAUGUUCUACUAACGCGAUCUUUGGUCAUCCCUGAAGAUGUUAUCAAGAAGCGUCUUGAUCCUAAUAAUGCAGCAGCCAGUAGGGAUGCUUUAGCAAAGACUAUAUAUUCUCGCUUAUUUGACUGGUUGGUGGACAAAAUUAAUAACUCUAUUGGACAAGAUCCAAAAUCAAAGUCACUAAUUGGCAUUCUUGACAUUUAUGGGUUUGAAAGUUUUAAGAGUAAUAGUUUUGAGCAAUUCUGCAUUAAUUAUACAAACGAGAAGCUGCAACAACAUUUUAACCAGCAUGUGUUCAAGUUGGAGCAGGAGGAAUACACAAAUGAAGGGAUUGAUUGGAGCUAUAUCAAAUUUGUUGAUAACCGAGAUGUUCUAGAUCUUAUCGAAAAGAAACCUGGAGGGAUCAUUGCUCUUCUUGAUGAAGCAUGUAUGUUUCCCAAGUCAACUCAUGAAACUUUUUCACAAAAGCUUUAUCAGACUUUCAGUGGGCACAAACACUUCAUCAAACCAAAACUAGCUCGUAGUGAAUUUGCAAUUGCUCAUUAUGCAGGAGAGGUUCUAUACCAGUCUGAUCAAUUCUUGGAUAAGAACAGAGACUAUAUUGUUCCUGAGCAUCAAGGUUUGCUAAGUUCUUCUAAGUGCCCAUUUGUGGCAGGACUCUUGCCCCCUCUUUGUGAGGAGACAAGUAAACUUUCCAAGUUUUCAUCUAUUGGUUCUCGUUUCAAGCUACAACUCCAACAAUUGAUGGACGUUCUUAAUUCGACUGAACCUCAUUAUAUCAGAUGUAUGAAGCCAAAUAAUCUCCUAAAACCUUCCGCUUUUGAGAAUGCCACCAUCUUGCAUCAACUUCGUUGCAGUGGAGUUAUAGAAGCAGUUAAAAUCAGUUGUGCAGGCUACCCUAUGCGUAAAACAUUCUUUGAUUUUCUUAAGCGGUUUGGUAUUCUUGCUCCAGAAGUAUUGGUUGGGACUUAUGAAGAAAAAGAGGCUUGCGAAAAGAUUUUGGAUAACAUGGGGCUUCCUUGUUCUCAGAUUGGUAAGACGAAAGUCUUUCUUAGAGCAGGUGAUAUGGCGCAACUGGAGGCAAUGAGGGCUCAAAAACUCAGCCGUGCAGCUAUGAGAAUUCAAAGGAAUAUUAAAAGCCGUAUUGAUCGGAGAUACUUUCUGGAUUUGCAAAAGGCUGCAAUUUGUAUACAGUCUUCUUGCCGAGCCAGGCUUGCUUGUGAAUUGUGUGCAACCAUGAGAAAGGAGGCAUCUUCUCUCAAAAUCCAGAGAAAUUUUCGUGGACAUUUUGCGAGGAAGUCCUAUGUGAAGCUUAAGUCUGCUGUCAUUAUUCUUCAGAAAAGAACACGGACAUUAGCUGCAUUCAAGAAUUUCAGAUACAAAUAUCAAAAUAAGUUUGCAAUUACUAUACAAGCCCAUUGGCGUGGUUAUAGAGCCUUCUUAUACUAUAGGAGACUAAUAAGGGCAUCAAUUGUAAUGCAGUGCUACUGGAGAGGAAGGGUUGCAAGGAAAGAGCUUCAAAAGUUGAUGGUUGCAAGAGACACAGGUGUGGUUGACAAAGAAAAGGAUGGGCUUGAACACCAGAUGAGUUUGGAAGAUGCAAAGAAGCAGGAUUCAUCAGUCCCUUUUGUAGAUACAGAAAAGAUCAAUGCUUUAACCGCAGAAGUGGAAAGAUUAAAGAUUCUAUUGCAAUAUGAAAAGCAACGUGCAGAUGAAUGUGAAAGGAAAUGUGCAAAAGCUCUAGAAUCAAGUGAAGAGAAGCGUGUGAAGUUGGAAGAAUCGGAAAGAAGAGUUCACCGACUUCAGGAAUCACUGAACAUGAUGUUAUGCAGCAUAUCAGAUCAAUUCUCAGAGCUAAAAUUGAUAUUAAGUGCCUCAUCCAGCUCAAGUUCAACUUCCGGAUUCAUUUCUAGUGGCCAUCAUGGUGAUGCUACAACUUCCUCUAACACUGAUGCCACAACACCCACAUUUCCAGAUCUUGCUUCAACGUCAGCACCCCCAUCUUCCCCUGAUCCCGCCACUUUCCAGCUUAUAGUUCAAGAUCUUUCAGCAGCAGAAAUAGCAGGAUAUGAAAACUGUGAAAGUGACCGGGAAGGGGCAUUCGAUGACUUCUUCUAAGGGAAAGUUACCUUUGAACAUUUUUGCAUAUGGUCUUGUUAACAAUCGUGUAUUCUCAACCAGAACUAGGCUGUUGUUGUUAUCUGCAUGGAGAGUUCAUCAUGCCAUGUACAAAUAUUCUUUCAACGGAAUCUCUUGUACAGCAUACUUGUUAGGGAACUCAUAACCAUCGACCCUCCUCUGCUUGCCUUUGAAUGGGAUAUCCGUUAAGGGUGAAUGGGGUUCCCCCCUCCCACUUCAGUUCCAGUGGAAGGGCACAUAAAGCUUCUCCAAGAUGAAGGCCCAUUGCAUUCUGCAUUGAGGAGGAAGACCUGUUUCUGUUUUCAUUACCUGCAAAGACCUCAGUAAAUUGCGGGGACCAGAAGUUAAUGGGACCCAUAUUAUUGACUAGAUAAUUCAAUAACGGGCAAAUCUUCAAUGAAGUGCAUUGACUUUGCUGUUGCUGCAGCAUACUUGUCAGCUACAAUAUUUUUAGAGAACUUUAAUGCAACAUUAUCUUUGCUUGAGUUUCCAAGGAACAAUUAAGGAAACAACCUUUGCAUCCUUCAGCUUGAAGUAAUACCCAUUGCUUGAAGGUUGCUUGGACCAUUCGGCAACUCAUCCGGCUGUCAAACAUGAUCUGACAGCUUGCUUGGAAACUACCUGAAGUGAUCCAUGGUUAAUUUAAUGAAAUAUUUCUUCAUUGCUCGGAGCAUUGAGCAUAAUCUUUUUUGUGGAUGCAUUUGAUCAUCUACGAGAUGUCCGAGAAGACGGAAGAUGAUUGAGCACAACUUUGUGUUGCUAGAUGGUGAUGUAGAAGUUAUCAUUAAUAGCAUUCUGGCUUCCAGGCCCACUGACUGAUCAGACACAUUGAGCCGGGAAGAAGAAUAAAGGGAUUUUAAAUAACAGCAGUUUGAAGUCAACUGCGAUGGGCUACCCUAAGCUAAAACAUUUUCUUGGGUUCCUUAAAAUGGUUUGUUCUUCUUGCUCCAGAAGUGAGGCAGUUUUGUUUUUUAAAGCACAGAAAGAACUUGCAAAAAAUGGGGCCUGGCUGCUCUUUCGGUAUGAGAGAAAAGGCCUGCACAAAGCAUUACAACCAAAAGCGUCUUCUUAGCGAGGUCAAGUAAACAAAUUUGGCUCCGAGAAGUGUGUGAAGGGCUCUUAUGUCAAAUUGGCAUAACAAAUGUGCAAUUCUUCU